CAGGGCCUGAGGGCUGCUUGCUUGUGACUUCUCGCCGCUGCGAAUAAUGCCGGAUCAGCAUUCUUGCUGACUUAACAUAUGAAGUGCUAGCUGCCAAGGCGUGGCUGGUAAGGCUCGGCCUGCAAAGCACUUGCUGGCUUCGCGACGGCACUUUGACACGACACAAGAAGGCGUGCUUGCGCAGCUAUGCAGGACAGCACGGGACAGCCAUAAUUAUUACGGGUAGCACUCAAUGCGAAACAAGGCUUCGCGCCUUUGUUGCAAAUAAUACCACCACAUAGUUGGCCCCGCUCACUCCACUCACUCGCUCAGCCAGGUCGGGGCCCACCUGGGCCCACGACACCGGCCCGGUCCCGGUCCGAGGCGUCCUGUGCGUGUGACGGACGCUGGGCUACAGCUUUCUACCCGACACAAUUGCUAGGGGCAGUCUGCCGGCGGCGGUUCCAGGGAUGGAGCCAGCGGACGAUGCCGGUCUGCCUGGCAUGCGCGCACAGCUGGCCGGUAUCAGCUCGGGCUUGACGCGCCUGCGUCAGGAGCUGGAUGAAUGCAUACUCCGUGCACGCUCUGGGGCCAACCGGCAGCAGCGAGGCCAGCAAUACGAUGGCGGUGCAGCAGCAGCAGCAGCAGCAGCAGCAGCAACGCCCCUCCUGGCUGCGGCGCCAGGGGCGGCAGCGGCAAUGGCCGUUGGCGCGGCGGCGGUGGCCGAGGGGCAGGGCAGGCGGGAGACGCCGCUGCGGCCGCAGUCGCACGGCGCGUCUUGGCCGCUUGGUGCAGGGGCGGCCGCUGCGACGGCCGCCGCGACUUUCAAAGCUGCUGACGGCGGAGCUGCAGGGGCGGCCGCAGCUCCCGCUGUUCAGCCCGAGGCGCAGGGUGCGGGGCCGGCUGCUGCAGAUGACGCGGUCAUGGGGUCGGUGAUGCCGCCGGACGGUCAGCUGCAGCCAGUGCUACAGGAGACGGCUCCAGUGCUGGGCGUGGCGCUGGCACACACGGAGGCACGUGGGCAGAUGGAGGUGGAGGGACAGAACAUGGAGGAGCAGGAGCAGGCAGCGGAGGAGCAGGAGGAGGAGCAAGAACAGGAGGGGCAGGAGCAGGCAGCGGAGGAGCAGGCGGAGGAGCAAGAACAGGAGGGGCAGGAGCAGGAGGAAGGGGCGCCUGAGCACGAGCAGGAGGAGGGGGCUCUCGAGCGGGAGCAGGUUCAGGCGGGCAUCGGGGAGCAGGCAGCGGUACAGGCGCCCAUCCGGGAUGACGCCAAGCCUGCAAGAGCGACGUCGUUGGGUGCGCCGCAACGACGGCGCUUCACGGGCGACCAGAAGCCAUACAAUACCACGCCGGCGCCGUCCUCGGAGGGGCAGCCAGACUGGACCUUGGAUGCUGGCCAGCUGCCGGGGCAGACAGCGGCGAGCGGGCCGAAACCUGGGAGGAGGCGUAAGCGGCGACGGUUGCUGGACGACCCAGGGCCCAGCCACGCCGCAUCGAGGCGCAAAAGGAGGCCACAACGGGACGGCGACAGCCGGGCGGCAGAGGCGGCGGCAGCGGGCGGCGGCGAUCGAAACAGUCAAGACAGGGCUGCUGCAGAUGAUGCCGCUGCGGAAGCUUCGGACGCUUCGGACGCUGCCGAAAUGUCGGACAUGCAAAAGGUGUCGUCGGUACAGGACAUGCAGUUGCAGCUCGACAACGAGGCAGCGUCGUUUGAGUGGCGGCAGCGGGAUCGGGAUGGGGAUCUCCAGACGGUAGACCGGGCAUGCCUUGUGUUUAACCUGUGCGGUGCAAAGCUGGGGCGGCCGCUGCCUCCCGACGGAGUGCUGCGCCUGCAUCCCGGACAGCGGGUGAGGGUGUACGGAGGCAGCAGGCACGGGGCCGCCGGUGCCAGAGGUGGCGAGCGCAGGGCCGGGACUGGCACGGCCGGCAGCCCAGGCGGGACUGGGGUCACUGGCGGCAUCAGCAGCCCAUGCAGCGCGGGAAUCACCAGGAGCACGGGCGCCCACUGCAGCGGCAAUGGUGCGGCGGGCGGUGCGGCCGUGGCUGCUGACAGCGAUGCCGCGGGCAUUGGCGGCAGCGGAGCUGCCGGCGGCGGCGGCGUGGCCACUAUCGCUGAGCUGCACGGCUGCCGUGUGGUGGUGCCGCGGGGCGGUGCCCGGCUGUGGCUGUAUGACCUGACGCUGCUGGCGCGGCCGUGUCAGCUGCCGGUGCCGGGCGCCGGGCGCGGUGACAGCGCCUUCCUCGACCCCGCGGUGGUGGCAGUGCAGGGCGGCGACAGCCGCGUGAAGCUCAAGCGAUGCCGGGUGCGGGUGAAAGGUGGGCACAAUGCCGGAGCAGAGGCGCCGGCCGCCGGCGGUGGGGCGGCGGCCGGCGGUGGGGCAGGUCGCUCGGGCCCGCGUGCAAGCCGGCGGGGAUCGUCGCUCGGCCCGAACGCGCGGGAGCCUGAACUCAGGUCCCUGGAGUCCGCGUGCUGCGUGCUGGCGCGCGACGGUGGCCGCGCCGUGCUCCAAGACUGUGAGCUCAGCGGCGCACCCAACGCGGGCGUUUCGGCUGAGGGUGCCGGCAGCAUUGCGCUGGCGACUCGCACGCUGGCGCGCGGCUGCGAGGACGGGUUCUUGGCGACUGGACGAGGCACCGUCCGUGUGCGGGACUGCACGGCACGGGAUAACACCGCUCGCGGCUUCGUUGCAUUCAAACACAGCCGCAUGCUGCUGCGGGGCCCCUGUCGGGCCGAGCACAACGGCGAGCCGGGUUACAUGGCGCAGGGUCGCGGUGCCAAGCUGGAGGCACCGGAAGGCGGCUGCGUGGCGGUCGGCAACCGGGACAGCGGCUUCCUUGCCUGGGAAGGUGGCCAGGUCAUUGCAGGCGACGCAUGCGUAGCGUGGGAUAACGAGGUGGAAGGCUUUGCGGCCGAAGGCAAGGGCGCCAAAAUGCGGCUGGGCGCCGGCUGCGACGCGGCUCGCAACAAGGCUUGCGGCUUUGUGGCGGCCGGCGGUGGCGAGGUGCAGGUGGGUGACGGCUGCACCGCCCACCACAACGGAAGCGGCACCGUAGGAAGUGGCACCGCAGGAAGCGGCUUUGCGGCGAUGAACGAGGCGUCAAUGCUGCGGACAGGCCGCCGCUGCGUGGCGUCGGACAACGCCGAAAGCGGCUUUAUAGCGGACUUGGGCGGCAGCCUGCAGUCGGGCGCCGGCUGCAAGGCGCGCAACAACGCCGGCGAGGGCUGGAUCAGCAACAGGGGCAGCCGCAUCACCGUGGGCCGCGGCAGCGUCGCGGAGGGCAACCAGGACGGCUUCGUGGCCUCAGGCAAGGGCUCGGAACUCCAGUAUGUAGUGGAGGAGGAGGAGGAGGAGGAGGCGGAGGAGGAGGAGGAGGGUGCGGCGGCGGGUGCGGCAGCGGGUGCCGCGGAGAACGGCGCGGCUGCGGGCGCGGCUGCGGCCAAAGCCGCCGGCUGCACCGCGCGGAACAACCGCCGCAAUGGGUUCGCGUGUGAGGACUCGGCGAUCAUGGACCUGCUGGUGCAGGGCGGGGGCGGCGUCGGCGCCGGGGUGUGUGCGGCCGUUGGCAACGGCGGCUCGGGGUUCGUGUCGGGACUGGGCGACGAGGCGACGGCCAGCACGCGCGGCGGCAGCAUGCGGCUGGGGCCGGGCGUGCGGUCGGAGGGCAAUGGCGGGUAUGGCUGCCUCACGCAGGGGCGGGGCGCGGUCAUCGAGCUGCCGGAGCAGUGCGUGCUGCGGGGCAACACGGCCGGACCCAAGCUGCACGCGGAGGGCGGCAAGUUUGGUGCGCUGCCAUGGCUGCAGCUUGGGCUGAAGAUCGUGUAGUGUGGAUGUUUUUUUUGCGUUGCCGCGGCACGACGCUGACUCUGGUCUUGGUCUUGGUCUUUGUCGCCCAGCAGACUACCUUUGGAUACGGCCUGUGUAUGUUAUGGUCUAGGAAUGGAUGGGACUGGCUGAGUGGCUUGGACACUGACGCGCACGCACACACACACACACACACACACACACACACACACGCACACGCACAUGGGUGUAUGCUUUCUUUUUUGGUUUGCCUGUUGGACAGUUGAAUGGCUUGGAUCUGGGGCAGGCUACUUAGCUGAUAGAGGUUACAAGGGAUGACAGCCGUGGACGAAGCCAGGGCCCCCAAACCGUACAUUACAUGCAUGCUCAGUCGAGGAGAUUUCCCCGAAUGGCCCCCAUGCUCCUGCUGGCCUCCGGAGAGGGGAGAAACCCCAGGCCUGGCUCACCGUAAAACGCUAGCG